AUGUCCGCCGUCCUCCUCGGCCCUCCCGUGAUCCGCGGGGCUCGCCCGGCGGCGCAGGCCACCGCAGCCGCGGAGGCCCCCGCCUCCCACCCCUUCCUCGACCUCCUCGACGCUUGCUUCAACGACAACGCCCCUGCCGCCACCUUCGACGUCGGCAAGGGGCCCCGCAUGACGCUGACGGAGAACAACUCCGCCACCUACGCGAGCUCCGGCAACGCCUGCCUCGACCUCUUCUUCCAGGUCGUCCCCGACACGCCGCCGGAGCGCGUGCGGCAGCUCGUCACCGUCGCCUGGGCGCACGACCCCCUCACCGCGCUCAAGCUCGUCGCGAACCUCCGCGGCGUGCGCGGCACGGGCAAGUCCGACAAGGAGGGCUUCUACGCCGCCGCGCUCUGGCUGCACGAGCGCCACCCAAAGACGCUCGCCUGCAACCUCCCCGCGCUCGCCGAGUUCGGCUACCUCAAGGACUUCCCCGAGCUGCUCUACCGCCUCAUCCACGGCCCCGACGUCCGCAAGCUCGCCAAGGACAAUGUGGCCACCGAGAAGAUCAGGCGCAAGGUCGCGGAGGUCCGCGCCGCCCGACUGGCCGGCAGCAAGCGCGCCCGCGGUGACAGCGCCGCGCCACAGCCCGCCGCCGCGCCCGUGCUCGCGGACUUCGUCAGCGCCGCGCUCUCCAACCCCAAGACCAAGUCCAAGCGAAGCAACAAGUCUGGAGCCGGGGCCUCUGCUGCCGCGGCCAUGGAGACAGAGGAGGAGGUGGUCGUGGAGCAGAAGUCCGAGGCGAUGGAGGUGGAUAACAAGGAGAUCCCCAUGACGAAGGGUGUGCGGAAGGUCGCCAAGCUGGCCGUGCAAUCUCUGGAGACGUACUACGGCGAUGGCGCCUACCGCUUCCUGUUCGACUGCGUCGCGCAGUUCUUCGCCGACCUCCUCGCCUCCGACCUCGAGCAGCUCGCCCCCGGCGGCAAGAAGAGGAAGAUCGGGCUCUCCGCCAAGUGGUGCCCCACGCCGGGCUCGUCGUUCGACAGGACGACGCUGCUCUGUGAGGCCAUCGCCCGCCGCCUCUUCCCGCGCGACUCCAGCCCCGACUACUCCGACCUGUCGGAGGAGCACUACGCCUACCGCGUGCUUCACCGUCUUCGCCGCGAGGUGCUGGUGCCGCUGCGGAAGGUCCUGGAGCUCCCGGAGGUGUACAUGAGCGCCCAGCGGUGGUCCGAGCUGCCCUACACCCGCGUGGCGUCGGUGGCCAUGAGGCGCUACAAGGCACUCUUCAAGAAGCACGACGAGACGCGCUUCGACAAGUACCUCGAGGACGUCGAGGCUGGGAAGGCCAAGAUUGCGGCCGGCGCGCUCCUGCCCCACGAGAUCGCGCACGCCGCCUUCAACGACAAGGCAGAUGACGUGUCGGAGCUGCAGUGGCGCCGCAUGGUGGAGGACCUCCGCAAGAAGGGGUCGCUGAGCAACUGCAUCGCCGUCUGCGACGUGUCCGGGAGCAUGGGCGGCACGCCAAUAGAGGUGUGCGUGGCGCUGGGCCUGCUCAUCUCGGAGCUCAGCGAGAAGCCAUGGGCCGGCAGGGUUAUCACGUUCAGCGAGACCCCCGAGAUCCACAAGAUCGAGGGCAAGACCCUCACCCAGAAGAUGAGCUUCAUCAAGCGCAUGCAGUGGAACAUGAACACCAACUUCCAGGCAGUGUUCGACCGCAUCCUCCGCACGGCGGUUGACGGCCGGCUGCCCAAGGACAAGAUGAUCAGGACUAUCUUCGUGUUCAGCGACAUGGAGUUCGACCAGGCGUCGGCAAACCCCUGGGAGACGGACUACCAAGUCAUCUGCCGCAAGUUCAAGGACGCCGGGUACGGCGACGCGGUGCCGCAGAUCGUGUUCUGGAACCUGAGGGACACUGUGUCCACCCCGGUGACGUCUACGCAGCCGGGAGUCGCGAUGGUGAGCGGCUUCUCCAAGAACUUGGUCAAGCUGUUCCUGGAGAACGAUGGCGUGGUGAGUCCGGAGGCUGUCAUGGCGGCAGCGAUAUCAGGCGCGGAGUACCAGAAGCUUGCUGUGUUUGAUUGAUAGGCUAGUGUCAUUAGUCGUUAGUGGAUGAUGCAUCUCUGAACGCUUAGAUGUUACUCAAUACUCAUCAAUCUGGCAUGCACGAAUUAAGAUAAGAGCGGUUUUGGUAUUGAACAGCUAGCUUUUGGGAAUUUCCUUAUGAUUCGAAUUAGGUUCG